AGCAGAUAGACUUACGUAGUCUUGGUUUAUAGCCGCCUGCCUCUCUCUAUGGACGGCUAGAGGGAAGAGGAGGGAGUCGCUGGGAUUCUAGCUGUUGUUGUCGGCUUCGUGGUGCCUUCAGAGGGCCCGGUGAUGAUUUAAUUCACGGAAAAUCCCGGGUUUACGGAGCGGGAAACGGAGUAGAAGAAAGAAAGACGACGGGAGUCGGGCUAAAGGAGAAAGGAGGAGCAGCCGUUAGAGAUGUGCGGUCGGGCCGAGAUUGCUGCGGUAACCCUGUCUAGGCCUGGACUGAGCAGAUUGUUCUGAGAGGAAACGGAUAACAAACAGGGGAAGUGAACAUGGCUGGGACCUCUGGCUUCUUUUCCAACGGACCUGUUCCGUGGAUGGACAACGACGCGGAGAUGAACAACCUCUACCGAGACCUGGAGCUGGGCACAGUACUGACUCUAUUUUACUCUAAGAAAUCCCAGAGGCCGGAGAGACGGACUUUUCAAGUAAAAUUGGAGACCCGGACUAUAACCUGGACGCGAAGCACCGACAAAAUAGAAGGAGAGAUUGACAUUCGAGAGAUCAAGGAGAUCCGUUCUGGUCAGAAGUCCCGGGAGUUUGAGCGCUAUGUGGAGGACUCAGCGGUACGGCUCGAUGCCUUCUGCUUUGUUAUUCUAUACGGCACAGAGUUUCGCCUUAAAUCCCUCAGCUUGGCAGCAACAUCUGAUGAGGAGAUGUCCAUGUGGGUUAAGGGGUUAACCUGGCUUGUGGCUGACACAUUGAAGUCACCAACACCAUUACAAGUAGAAAGGUGGUUACGCAAGCAGUUCUAUGCUGUUGAUCGCAAUAGAGAGGACAGGAUAUCCUGCAAGGAUCUGAAGAACAUGCUGAGCCAGGUCAACUACAGGGUGCCAAACAUGAGGUUCAUCAAAGACAAACUUCCGGACUCUGAAAACAGGAAUGGAGACGUGACCUUCAGCCAGUUCGCCCAGCUUUAUCGUAACCUAAUGUUUGACGCUCAGAAAAAUGUGGAGAUCCCGUUUAUGCAAAAGUUUAUUGAUAGACCAGAGCAGAGGAUCACCUUGGAGAACUUUAAGAGUUUCCUCCUUGAAUCUCAAAAGGAACUGUGGGCCACAGACAACAACAAGGUUCAAGAGUUUAUGUUUGGUUACCUGAAAGAUCCUCUCCGAGAAGUGGAGCAGCCAUACUUUCAACCAGAUGAGUUCCUCACAUACCUCUUCUCCAAGGAGAACACAAUCUGGGAUUCCUCGCUGGACAAAGUGUGUCCUGAAAACAUGAACAACCCUCUGUCCCACUACUGGAUCUCUUCUUCGCACAACACCUACCUGACAGGAGACCAGUUUUCCAGUGAAUCGUCCUUGGAGGCAUAUGCUCGCUGUUUGAGGAUGGGAUGUCGCUGUAUCGAAUUGGACUGCUGGGAUGGCCCUGAUGGAAUGCCAGUUAUUUAUCACGGUCACACCCUCACCUCUAAAAUCAAGUUCAGCGAUGUCCUUAACACCAUCAAGGACCACGCGUUUGUCACAUCAGAGUAUCCUGUCAUCCUGUCUAUUGAGGACCACUGCAGCAUUGUGCAGCAGAGGAAUAUGGCCACCCACUUUAAGAAAGUCUUUGGAGAAAUGCUGCUGACCAAAGCUGUAGAUAUGGCUGCAGAUGGCCUGCCUUCACCCAACCAGCUCAAAAAGAAGAUUCUCAUUAAGCAUAAGAAGCUGGCAGAGGGUAGUCCCUAUGAGGAAGUGUCCACCUCCACACCUUAUUCUGAGAAUGAUAUCAGCAACUCCAUCAAAAACGGCAUCCUUUAUCUGGAAGAUCCGAUUAACCAUGAGUGGUAUCCUCAUUUCUUUGUCCUGACCAGUAAUAAGAUCUACUAUUCAGAGGAGACCAACAGUAACCAGGGCAAUGAUGAGGAGGAGGAGCACAGAGAGGUGUCCAAUGCCAUGGACCAACAUGUGACAGAGAAAUGGUUUCAUGGAAAGCUUGGCGCCGGACGGGACGGACGGCAGAUCGCCGAGAGGCUCCUGUCUGAUUACUGCCAGGAGACCGGAGCUCCUGACGGCUCCUUCCUGGUCCGGGAGAGUGAAACCUUUGUGGGGGACUACACACUUUCUUUCUGGCGCUUGGGACGAGUGCAGCACUGCCGGAUUCACUCACGACAGGAGGCCGGCAGCCCCAAGUUCUACCUGACUGAUAACCUGGUGUUUGACUCUCUUUUCGCACUGAUCAACCACUACCAACAGGUGGCGCUGCGUUGCAAUGAGUUUGAGAUGAAACUGACAGAACCAGUGCCUCAGACCAACGCUCACGAAAGCAAGGAAUGGUACCACGCCAACCUUUCCAGGAGCCAGGCAGAGAACAUGUUGAUGAGGGUCCCCCGUGAUGGCGCCUUCCUUGUGAGGAAGAGGACAGAACCCAACUCCUUUGCCAUUUCAUUCAGGGCUGAGGGUAAGAUCAAGCACUGUCGAGUGCAGCAGGAAGGCCAGACCGUGUUGCUGGGUACCUCUGAGUUCGACAGCCUUGUAGAUCUCAUCAGUUAUCACGAAAAGAACCCCCUGUAUCGAAAAAUGAAGCUACGCUAUCCCAUCAACGAGGACACACUGGAGAAGAUCGGCACUGCUGAGCCGGACUACGGGUCGCUGUAUGAGGGCAGGAAUCCAGGCUUUUAUGUAGAGGCUAAUCAAAUGCCAACUCUUAAGUGCACAGUCAAAGCCAUGUAUGAGUAUAAAGCGCAGAGAGACGACGAGCUCACCUUCUACAAGAACUCCAUCAUCACCAAUGUAGACAAACAGGAAGGAGGAUGGUGGAAAGGUGACUUUGGAGGAAAGAAGCAGAUGUGGUUCCCUGCAAACUAUGUGGAGGAGAUCAGUCCGUCCGCAGCAGAGCCUGACAGAACUGAGAUAGCAGAAAACAGCCCUCUAGGAGAUCUGCUGAGAGGAAGUGUGGAUGUAACUUCCUGUCAGAUCGUGAUGCGUCCUGAUGGGAAGGGCAGCAGACCUUACGUCUUCUCCCUGAUUCAGAAUAACACAGCGCAGGGCACUAAUUUGUUGGAUGUGGCCGCAAACAGCAUGGAGGAACUUAAAGAGUGGGUGGUAAAGAUCCAUGAUGUCGCUGCGACUUCUGAGGCCAAGCUGGAGGAGGGGAAGAUAAUGGAGAGGAGAAAGAAGAUUGCACUGGAACUGUCAGAUUUGGUCAUCUACUGCAGGCCGGUCCCAUUUGAUGAAGAAAAGAUCGGUACAGAGCGGGCCUGUUUCCGUGACAUGUCAUCCUUUCCUGAGACCAAGGCGGAGAAGUACGUCAACAAAAGCAAAGGAAAGAAGUUCCUGCAGUACAACCGACUGCAGCUGUCCAGGAUCUACCCCAGAGGGCAGCGGCUCGACUCCUCCAACUAUGACCCGCUUCCCAUGUGGCUCUGCGGAUCCCAGCUGGUUGCACUCAACUUCCAGACUGCAGACAAGCCCAUGCAGAUGAACCAGGCCCUUUUCAUGCUGAACGGAAGGAGUGGCUACGUCCUUCAGCCUCCCAUCAUGAGAGACGACAGCUUUGAUCCCUUUGACAAAAACACACUACAAGGCAUGGAGCAGGUGUCACUGAGAAUAGAGGUAUUGGGCGCUCGGCACCUUCCAAAGCACGGUAGAGGUAUCGUCUGCCCACUCAUUGAGAUCGAGGUGUGUGGGGCAGAGUACGACAAUGCCAAGCAAAAAACAGAUUCUGCAGCUGACAACGGCCUGAAUCCCACCUGGCCCAGGAAGUCUUUCCACUUCACAGUCUGCAACUCUGCCUUUGCUUUCCUGCGUUUUGGGGUUUAUGAGAUCGACAUGUUCAAUGACCAAAACUUUCUUGCUCAGGCUACAUUCCCCAUUCAAGGGCUCAAGACAGGCUACAGGUCGGUACCGCUGAAGAACAGCUACAACGAAGACCUGGAGCUGGCUUCUCUGUUGGUCCACAUGGAUAUCACCAGAGGCAGGGAGGAAAACGGGGAAGUCUUGAGUCCCUUCUCUGCAGCAGGAACCACGGCGGUACCGGCGUCAGCCCAAGUGGGACGGGAGCGUUUUGGGGAGCUGGGCUCUGUGUCCUCAACAUCCUCCUUGUCCCCGCUGCCCCAGUCGCCUGCCCAGGCCAUGUCUUACGGCGGGAGGGAGGGCUCCUUUGAAUCUCGCUACCAGUCCCCCAUAGAUGAUUUCAGGGUGUCCCAGGAGGCCCUGUUGGACCAAAUGGACCCUCAGAACCGAAGGGCGCUGAGGAGGACCAGUCACCUCUCCCCGUACUGAUGAUGUCACUGACUGCUGUGAUUGCUGUUUCCAUGGAAACGCCCACCACCGCUUUGGCCUACAUUUCAGGCAGCUCUCCCUCCUUCAAUUCCCCUUAGAUCCCCCCCCUCCCUCCUCCGCCCAAUAUGGCCUCUGUGCCCAACUGAGGAAGAAGGGAAGGACGCUGCUGGAAGGGGAGGGGGGGUGCUGACAGGAAACUGACGGCUGCGGACAGGAAGCAGAAACGGUAUAAAGAACGUUCUGGUCCUGGACUGUAAUCUCUGUUUGUCAAGCUCAAGAGCUGCUUCGUUUGGAGACCAAGUGCAAGAAAAGAGAGAGAGCGCCGGAACGGUUCUGGUUCCUCUUCUCCUCGCUGUCUAUGGUUUAUAUAUUUAUUCCUGCUGUGCUGUUGGCCAGAGAACAGCAUCCGCAGACCUGCUCUCAAAGAGCCGCCGUCUCCCAUGUUUUUAAAUGUUCCAAUUAUUUAAACGUUCAUGUGACUUUACGUUAGCGUGAAUCACGAGGGCUUAUACGGCUACUUUUAACGUCUCUGCUUCGUGAAGGACAUUACGUGCCUCCGCUCUAACGCUUACUUACAAUCUGGACUAAUAUCACUGAGCUGUUCUUUUCUUUUAUUAUUGUGUAAGGUGUGAGGAAGAGGUCAUAGCUGGUUUUUGUGUUCUAAGGACCACCAUGUUUCUCGAUGACAUUCCAGAAAUUCAAAAACUGCACAUCAUUCCAUGGUCCUGCUUCACUAAGCAGUCAGACAUGCGUCUGUCUGUCUGUCUGUCUGUCACAGCCUUCGCUGAUCCGUCAGGCUCGGACACAUGUUGGGCCUGGAAGAUGGUUGCUCUUUGUUUUGUAUCACGUAGAGAUUUUGUUUGCCUCCACAGACCAUGUUGUUGUCUUCUAACACACCCAUGUUAAAAUGACAGCUCUUUUUUCUUGCUUUAAAGGAAUUAUAAAUCUUUUUCAGAACAUGUUUCACCUUCAUUUUCAUGUAAAGAAAAAAAGAACAAAUCUGUAAGAAUGGAGAACAGUGGAACAAGCUGAUUUUCAUUUUCGUUAAGGAGCAACUUUUUUUUUUAUGGGUGAAAUCCUGUUUUUUGUUUCCUGCCUUUAAUUUUUUACUUAAAUCAUCUUCUGGUUUCUAACAGAUAUCCAUUGUUUUCAAAUCCUCCAGUUCCAUCCAAAGAAAAGCAACCCAUGACCAUAAUGCUGCCACCACCAUGUUUCACUGUGGUGCUCUUUUAGAGAAGCUGUUUUUUUUGUUCCAGUUUUGACUUUAAAAACACUUUUAUCCACACAUACAGAAGAAAACAGGAGAUUUUUGUUACACAUUAGAACAGAACAUUCCAGAAAUUACUUUAGUGUUGCUGUGUCUCACCAUCCCACUGACCGGUUCACUGAGCAAAAUUUAAGAUCCUCAUGAUUUUGAAUUUAAGGACUUGCUUAGACUUGUAUAAAAAUAAAAAAACUGGAUGUCAGUGAGUAAAGUAUACUUUAGAGGAAAUCAGAACAUUUUGAAAUUCCGAAUCUAGGAAGGAUUGCAUAAAAUCUGAACAGCUAAUAAUCAGGUAAUGAAAUGUAGGAUAUACAGUACAUCCAAUUUUUCCAUUGAGGAUAAUUACAUUUAAAUAACACAUUGAUUUCUGAGAUUUUUAAGUGUAAGAAACCUUAAGGCCCUGUAGGAAUCGUAAUGAUUUAGCUUCAUCUCAGAUUGAUGUCAAGUUUAAGAUCCAGCUGCUGAAUCAAAGUAUAACAUUCGACUUGCACAGCGUGCGUCAUAUUAAAGUAGUCAUAGUAUAUAUUUUAUUAAAAAUCAAAGCUUGUAUUUUAACAGGUGUGUGAACCAGGGAUUCAGGACCGUGUCCAUGGUGAUCAUCCUUCUUCUUACUAAUAUUAUGCUGCAGCAUCAGCUAUUCAUCCCAGUGUUCCAGUUUCACAAUGAAUCGAAUGUGUUUCAGCGACGCUCACAUGGAUCUAAGGUUCUGAGCGUAAGGCAUUGAUUUUUGAAGAUCAGCAGUGACCAAAUAGUGAAUUAAUGCACUGCCAAACAGAGGCCACAUGAACUAGACCAAUGGUUCCGGUGUGGUGAAGGCCCUGACGGUCCGUCCGUCCAGCGCUGACGCUACAGGGACGGGGGGAGUCUGUGCUUAGCAGACGGUAUCAGUGGAGGCAGAGCAGAGGUGUCCGUACAGGUUUGAUUUUAAAACCAUUUAUUCAGAAUCUGUGUUUGAGACACAUUUAAGCCAUAAAGGAUGAUUUAAGGUGAAGGUUGGCUCGUUACUGCAGGGCUGGGGCAUUUGCACUCUGAUAUUAAUCCCAAAGCUCCUUCCCAUUGCAUGUACUCCUCCAGACUGUGUUUACUGAUCGGUUGGUGGAGUCCUCUCUCUCUAGCUUUGCUUUUAUUUUCUGGUCUGUCUGCACACAUCACAUUAAAGCCACAUCUCCCACAGCCAUGAUCACGUCAGUGACGGAUUGCUCCUCAGCACCUUGUGAACACGUGCAGAACGUGUCCCAGACUGAACUGUCUGAUAGUGUUGUACAAAUAUUCCCUAUACUGAGGUCAAAUCAAGCAGGUUAACUUAGGACACCUGUCAGGGGUCUUUAUCUGUAAUUUGUUUUGCUUAUUCUUUGUUUUUGUUUUUUGCAAGUGACGGCCUCAUUUACAUUUGCCUUCCUGUAAUGUGCCUAAACUACGAAGAGAAGUAUUAAUUUUAAUUUUUUUGCCUUUUCAUAUGAAACAUAUUCAAGCCUGAAAAGUAAAUAAAAUACUCACUGCUUUAUA